AUGAAUAUUUAUCAAUCAUUUCUUUUUCUUUUAGCUGUUGUUACAAUAACUUACUGUGAUAAGCCUGAUCAUAAAUAUGAAGAUGGUCAAGAAGCUGUUUUAUGGAUGAAUACAGUUGAUCCAUAUCAUAAUCGACAAGAAACAUAUAAUUAUUUUUCAUUACCAUUUUGUCGUGGUUCAAAAAAAGAAAUCUCACAUUAUUAUAAAACAUUAGGUGAGAAUAUUUUAGGUGUUAAAUUAGAAUAUAGUGAAAUUGAAAUUAAUUAUAGACGUGAUAAACAAAAAAAAACAGAUUUUUGUGAAAUAACAUUAACAAAUGAAAAUUAUGAUACAUUUACAUAUGCAAUUAAUAAUCAUUAUUGGUAUCAAAUUUUUAUUGAUGAUUUACCUAUUUGGGGUAUUGUUGGUGAAAUGGAUGAAUCAGAAAAAUCUGCUUAUAUAUGGACACAUAAAAAAUUUGAAAUUGGAUAUAAUGUUAAUCGAAUAGUUGAUGUUAAAUUAACAUCAGAAUCAAAAGUACAAAUACAACCAAAUACAGAAUUAACAUUUUCAUAUGAAUUUAUAUGGAAACCAUCAAAUAUAGAAUUUGCUAAUAGAUUUAAUAAAUAUCUUGAUCCAGAAUUUUUUUCAACAUAA